GCGCAUGUGCACAUACAGAGCGGAAAGAGUAUGUGCCACGAACGGAAAUGCUACGGCCUUUCUGAUCGCUGACUGCCAUCAUGGUCUUCAAACGCUACGUUGAGAUUGGCAGGGUCGCCUUUGUGUCCUUUGGACCCCACGAGGGCAAGCUAGUAGCCAUUGUCGAUGUCAUUGACCAAAACAGGGCCUUGGUGGAUGGACCAUGCACAGGGGUGAAGAGGCAGUCUAUGCCCUUCAAGUGCAUGCAGCUUACUGACUACGUGAUCAAAGUACCACACAGCGCCCGCAUGAAGUUUGUGAAGCGCGCCUGGGAAAAGGCCGAGGUAAACAAGAAGUGGGCAGAAAGCAGCUGGGCCAAGAAGAUCGAGGCCAGACAAAAGAGGUCCCAAAUGACUGACUUUGACCGUUACAAGGUGAUGAAGGCCAAGAAGAUGAGGAACAAGAUCAUCAAGCACGAGGUGAAGAAGCUGCAGAAGGAGGCCACAAAGAAGGCAUAAUCUGUCCCCAAAUAAACAAUCUUGUUCAAUUGUU